AUGGCUUCAGCGGUGACUUCUGAAUGUCGACAGAUGGGGCUGAUGCGGAUUAAAAUCUUGCCUUGCCCGAUACCACGAGUCGAACUGACGACGGAGAUCAUUUCCGGUAAGUUGAGACGUUGAUUUCAAGAAUCAUUUCAAGAAUGACGCUUCGAUUCGCGGAAUGCACUUUGCAUUGCGUGCUGAGCCCAAUAUUUAUCGAUGACCGUACGAUUUUUCGGUAUUGUUGACAAAUUCCUCCUAGAGAUUGACAUUUAAAAUAAUCUCCACGCAUUAAAGAUUUGACAAUUUUGAGUUUGAAUUUUAAUGAAUGUCUGAAAAGACUGAAUGAUCAAAGUUUAGGCCUGACAACACCUGAGUCAAGAGCUUGACCUGAUACAUCUCUGAGAAUUUGAGUCUCAAGAUAAACUGUAACAGAGAUUUUCGAAAAUUUUUUCUCUUUUCCGAAUUUGAGAUUAAAUUGUCCACGACCCUGAACUGGCGCUCGAAAACUCAGCGUCUGUAACCACGUUAUGUAAGACGUAGAAUCUUUUCCAAUCAGCCUUUAUUUAAUUUUUCUAUAUUCAUCAGUGCACACUGCUGGUAAUCGAGAGGGCGGCCUGCAUUUUGCUCAGCAGGUUGGCGGACGCUCUUAUUUCGAGAUGAACAGAGCAGAUUAGUUGACGCCGUGCCCCAGUCUGCCCAGCCGUGCUUCAGAUUGGGUUGCCUCUUACGGCGAUUCAUGAGCACAUGGUGAUGUCUGCGUGAUUCGACCCCGACUGAACACUGAUUACGCGUCUGCGCAACACGGCGGAUGGCGGCUCAGGAAACAGUUCGAAGACAGCCGCUUCAUCUCCAGUAAACGGAGUCGCUUCAUCACGAGCGUUCGUCGCCAGUCACUCCCGAGUCACUGGCCGAUGCCCGACUUUGAAAUGGUUCGACGACUUUAUUGACGAGCUCAUUAUUUACGGUUACGGCGACCGAGGAUCGCUGACGCAAGAGACCGAUGAAACCUGA